AUGGAUGAGGCCAAUAAGUCCAUUGUGUCUGAGUUUGUUUUGCUAGGACUCUCCAACUCCUGGGAGCUGGAGAUGUUUCUCUUCAUGAUCUUUUCAUUAUUUUAUGUGGCAACAAUGGUGGGUAAUAGUGUCAUAGUCAUCACAGUUAUAGCUGACUCUCAUCUACACUCCCCUAUGUAUUUCCUGCUCACCAACCUUUCCAUCAUUGAUAUGUCUCUUGCUUCCUUUGCCACUCCCAAGAUGAUUACAGAUGACCUCACUGGACAUAAAACCAUCUCUUUUGAUGCUUGUAUAACCCAAAUAUUUUUUCUACACCUUUUCACUGGUACUGAGAUAAUUUUACUCAUGGCUAUGUCCUUUGAUAGGUAUAUUGCAAUAUGCAAGCCCCUCCGCUAUGCUUCAAUUAUAAGCCCCCGCGUGUGUGUUGCUCUCAUGGUGGCUGCCUGGGUUGUGGGAGCCAUGCAUUCAAUGAGCCAGGUCAUAUUUGCCCUCACAUUACCAUUCUGUGGUCCCAAUAAGGUAGACAGUUUUUUCUGUGACCUUCCUGUGGUGUUCCAGCUGGCUUGUGUAGAUACUUAUGUUCUGGGCCUCUUUAUGAUCUCAACAAGUGGCAUAAUUGCCUUGUCCUGCUUUAUUCUUUUAUUCAAUUCUUAUGUUAUUGUCCUGGUUACUAUCAAGCACCAUUCUUCAAAGGGAUCAUCUAAGAAGCUUUCAACGUGCACUGCUCAUUUCAUUGUUGUCUUCAUGUUCUUUGGGCCAUGCAUCUUCAUCUACAUGUGGCCACUAAGCAGCUUUCUGGCAAACAAAAUCCUGUCUGUGUUUUAUACCAUUUUUACUCCCAUUCUGAACCCAAUAACCUAUACCUUGAGGAAUCAAGAAGUAAAAACAGCUAUGAGGAAACUGAAGAAUAAGUUUCUGAAUUCCAACGAGGCAACCCCUUCUCAUUAUUUUUAG